AUGCUCACAAGCACCGGCAUCAUAGUCAUAACAGGAGAAGAUACUUAUGCACAUACGCCCAAAUCGAAAGCAACACCUUCACAAGAUCUCACCUGGCUUGAGUACUUGAAAACCCACACCCCAGAAGAGCUGAUCGACCUCCGCAAAACCGCCUACACUUACGCUUACGGCCAAGAAGGCCAGACCUUCUACGAAAUCCUGCAUGCCGACGCCGCCCGCUUCACCGUGUUCAACAAGGCCAUGAUGCAGCAAGAAGCUUCUCUACCCACGCUCGGCAUGUUCCCCUUCUCCUCGCUCCAGCCCGCCGUCGACGCCGAGCCCGACCGCUUGGCGGCGGGCGCGGACCGAAGAGAGACCGGGGACAGCUUUGGCACGGGGAGCAGGCUGGUGCUCCAGGAUCGGUCGUUCGCGUUGGACUCGGUACCCCAGGAGCUGCUGAAGGGGAUCGAGAAGUGCCCGUAUGAUUUCUGUACGGAGCAGCCUGUGAAGAAAUAUAACAUCUUCUUCCUCCGCCGCAUAACCCACAAUUACCAGAACGGCGGCUGCACCACCAUCCUCACGAACAUCGCCGCAGCCAUGGGUCCCACCUCCCGCCUCCUCAUCACCGAAGCCGCAAUCCCCGCCCGCGCCACCCCCGGCGAAGACCUGGCCCCUUACUGCAUGGACAUGCUCAUGAUCUCCAUCGGCGGCAAAGAGCGCGCAGCGAGAGGGAAUUUGCCGCCCUGCUCGCCGGCGCGGGCCUGCAUCUCGUGA